CACGUCCCUUGCCUUCUUCCGCCAGUAACGUUUUGGUUAGGCUACGUAAAUUUCCUGCGACGGCUUCUCCGUUUCAAACAUGGCUUCGUCUAGGCUAGAAAUCAAUUUUAUCAGGUUAUUGUCUCGCUGCGAGUCCAUGGCCUCGGAGAAACGAGGGGAAACGGAGUGGAGGUUAGAAAAGUAUGUCGGGGCUCUGGAGGAGAUGCUGGUGGCUUUGAGGAAGAGCUCAAGCAAACCCACACCAGAAGUGCUGACAGAAUACACGAGGAAAGUAGAUUUCCUCAAGGGACUUCUGGAGGCAGAGAAAUUGUCUUCUCCAACAGAGAAAGCUUUAGCCAAUCAGUUCCUUGCUCCGGGACGAACACCCACAAUAGCCAAUGAGAGAAUGCCGGCUACUAAAACUGUCCACAUGCAGACCAAGGCCCGGUGUACAGGAGAGAUGAGGGAUGAGCUGCUCGGCACGGGGUUGGGCAAAGGCACCUCAGAGACAGACUUGCGAAACAGAAGAGGCGUGCCUCUGGACGAGCGUCAGUCUGCCGCAGAGCUCGAUGCCGUCCUGCAGCAUCACCACAACCUGCAGGAGAAACUGGCUGAGGACAUGCUCAACCUGGCCAGGAACCUGAAGAACAACACGCUGGCAGCCCAGAACAUCAUCAAGCAGGACAACCAGACACUGAGCCAGUCUAUGCGUCAGGCGGACCUGAACUUCGAGAAGCUGAAGACAGAGUCGGAGCGAUUAGAGCAGCACACUAAGAAGUCUGUGAACUGGCUGCUGUGGCUGAUGCUCAUCUUGGUCUCCUUCACCUUCAUCAGCAUGAUCCUCUUCAUCAGAAUCUUCCCCAAGCUCAGAUGAUGAUUGCGUCUUGUCUUGAAUCCUCAGUUCUACGUCCUUCCCUGUUUACAGAACAAUCUCUACAGUAUGUCUGUGUUAUACUGCUUGGAAGGGCCAAGAACCAAAACAGUUUGGUUUGAUGAGUUCAAAAGUUUAGACAUUGGAAAUUAAAAUUGUUCCUCAUUGUGAGCUAAUCUGUUGUUUCAAGCGUAAGUCUCCCUUUUAGAAAUGUAUCAGAACUUAACACCCAUGCACAGAGAUAGAAUAUUUAAAAACAGACAGAGGGUGGGGGCUUGCACCGUAGUCUUCAUGUCCCGCAGAACAGACUGUCUGAGCCUUAACCGUUAUGCUCCUCCGUCAUGUAGACUGAUGGUCUACAUGCCAUACAAUGCAGGUUUGCACGAUGUACCCAUCAGAUUGAAUCCAAGUUACAUUUUUGUACAACAGUUCAUUUUUAGCAUGCAUUCCUCUGUGGAACUUCAUGAACCGUCCACAACCACUAUUGGCAGUCCUGGGAAUCCACAGCGAUGUGCUUGAAUUGAUCGAAACACUAGCCCUAAAAAUCUGAUUUAUAAACUGUACUGGAUGUACUGAAACUUGAAAUCUUCCACUAAAGUGAAAUAUAUUUUUUCUGGACCAGGCAAUGGAUUGCAAACAUCAGUUGCAUGUUUCAUUUAGUCUUGGGAGGGUCUGGAGGUGGUCAUUGUGAGGAGGUUUAGAACUACAAGCUGUUUUACCCCCUAAUGAUUGAAAGGAUAGUCUUCAAUCCUGUUCACCUGUCAUCUAAUUGAAUAUUUAAAUUUUUGGCAAGUAUGUACAUAUCAGUGAGUUAUUGAAUAUAAAUGUACGUCGGGUAAUGAUAGAGUUGAGUUUUUUGACAGCUGUACGGGUGAUGGUGCUGACAUUGGAGGUGUAGAUGAAGUAUGUACGUAUUAAAUGACUGAGUGUUUAUCCCCCUUUUGCUCUCAUAUCCAGGUUCAAAGAACACUAACGAUGGCAGUUUUGUGUGCAUCACCCUGUCAGGCUAGCUAGUUUUACAAAAGCAUGGACACACUGGAUCGCUCACUUUCAUCCCAAUCCCAGACAAGACCGUGAUUUUCCAAAGCCUUGCUGUAGAUGUUGACCUCUCACUCCACCACAGCUCCAUUUCCCUGUAGUUUUCAAGUGUAUUCAUACAGUGUAUUGUAUGUGUUGUGGAGGCUGUGAAUGACCGGCAAACUAUGGCCUUCCUUCUGGAAUAGAAAUGCCCUAUAGCACCCUCUAGUUGAAGAAAUGUCUGAUGUAAUGACUCUGUGUGGCCAGUGUGUGUCAGGCGUGGCCUUAGAAUGGCGGCAGAUAACCUCCAUGACCCCAAUAGCCUGAACAAGCCAUGAAUCCCAAAUUAACCCCACUACCCAUUUAGAACUGAUCAGAGGAUUGAAGUAUGGCUAAAUAAAGACAGUUGGCUGCGGAAUUGAGUACAGGACAACCACAGGGGACCUUGGGUAAUCUUUUACAUGUGGCAUCUUCUGUAGUUCCCUCUUAGUCUAGUUAACAUUAGAGCAUCAGUGCUUGGAUCUCUGGAACAGUGUUUUAGCAUAUAUUAGAGCAUAUACUAGAGAAAGUGAAAGAGAAACUGCUUAUAAGUUAGAAUCAGGUUAAGACUGGCCCUGGUUGAGAGCCUGAGCGCAGACUGCAGUCUAUUCUGAGGUGUGUGUAUGUGUGUGUGUAGCCGUGUGGCUUGCCCAGGCUUGCUGCUCUGCCCCUGGCCCUUCCUCUCUCUAUCCCUGGCUGCUGCCCCACCUCACGGCUGGCUGGGCUUAGGCCCGGCUUGCCUGCUGUGUAUUUUGGGAUCCCUGGGGGGUAUUUCUGCCUGUCGGAAGCUGAGGCAUGCAGGCCACCAAAGGAGACCAAAUGAGGUUGUGUCAGAGCAGAGGAGUCAUCAUCCCUCAGUUUCAUCACAGCUGUUUGCGCCUCCAUUCUCGGGCUGUCGCUAAUGCUCUCGAUGUGCGAUCAGCUCUCCGAGGCAGCAGGCCUGGCUUGAGGAAACUGGCCUUUGAACUUUUGCUGCAUUGCUUUAUCACUUGUGUGAUUUAUCAAAUUUGUUAUGAUCUUGUUAUCCCAGGUCUCACAAAAAACAAUCCAGUGUUGUUUUGCCCACUUUCCUGCAUAGACUCCAAAGCAUGGAAAGUGUCAAGUCCAUGUUGUUUCAUCACCAAAUGCUUUGAGCUCUGUGAGGCAGAAUGGACACGCGUAUAAAGGUUUAUUAAUGCAAUACUCAGUUUAACCUCUGACCCAACCAAACUGGAUGAGAUCCCUCCUGUUCUCCAUGGCAACAGCCUCAAAGUAGCAGUGGACCCUAUGAGUUCACACAGCGCCUUAUUUUAAUAAAUAAUGUGAAAUGUA